AGUGGGUUUAAACACUUCAUGCCCGGCUUUUAAAUUCAGGCGUUCGCCACAGAUUUCAUUCGGACUGUCAGGUCUCAUCACCUCCAGCAAAGAUGACAACAUACACAGACAAAGGCGAGAAGCAUGAGCAGGGCAGAUUCUUCUGCUUUGAUCACUUAACAUUCUGGGUUGGAAAUGCAAAGCAGGCUGCAUCAUAUUACUGCAACAAGCUUGGAUUUGAGCCUGUGGCUUACCAAGGUUUGGAGACGGGCAGUCGUGAAGUGGUGUCACAUGUAGUCAAACAAGGCAAGAUCAUUUACGUGUUCUCAUCCGCCCUCAAUCCUGGAAACAAAGAGCUGGGGGAUCAUUUGGUUAAGCAUGGGGACGGAGUGAAGGACAUUGCAUUUACAGUGGAGGACUGUGACUUUCUCGUGCAGAAAGCCCGGGCGCGAGGGGCAGUCAUUAUAAAGGAACCCUACACUCUGGAGGACAAAUAUGGUAAAGUCAGACUGGCUGUGCUGCAAACUUAUGGUGACACCACUCACACAUUUGUGGAGAGGACAGGAUACAGUGGAUUGUUUCUGCCUGGAUUCCAUCCUCCUCUGUUCAAGGACCCCUUACUCGACAAACUCCCAAGUGGAAACCUGGACUUUAUCGAUCACGUUGUAGGAAACCAACCAGAUGAUGAGAUGGUUUCAGCGGUGGAAUGGUAUCAGAGAAACCUUCUCUUUCACCGUUUCUGGUCUGUGGACGACAAGCAGCUUCAGACAGAAUUCAGCGCCCUGCGCUCAAUCGUCGUGGCAAACUACGAGGAGACCGUGAAAAUGCCCAUCAAUGAGCCUGCGAUAGGGAAGAGAAAGUCUCAAAUCCAGGAAUAUGUGGAGUACUAUGGAGGUCCAGGAGUGCAGCAUAUCGCCAUGAACACUUCAGAUAUCAUUACUACAAUCCGUAACCUGAAGGAGCGCGGGAUGGAGUUCAUGUCUGUGCCCGAGACCUACUACGACCAGCUGAGAGAGAAGCUGAAACACUCAAAGGUCAAAAUCUCAGAGGACCUUGAUGUCCUGCAGGAACUAAAGAUCUUGGUGGACUACGAUGACAAUGGCUACCUACUUCAAAUCUUCACUAAGCCGGUCCAGGAUCGCCCCACUGUGUUCUUGGAAGUCAUUCAGAGACACAAUCACCAGGGCUUUGGUGCAGGAAACUUCAAGUCUCUUUUUGAGGCUAUUGAAGCAGACCAGCACGCUAGAGGCAAUCUGACUGUUCUGACACCAAAUGGAGAUUUAAACAAGAUGUGAACUGGGUGAUGCAUUAAUUUAAGACCUCAGAAAACAUGCUAUAUCCAUCAACUUAGUAUAAAACGAAUGCUCUAAUAAACAUCCUUAUGCCUGAAAAUGUCUCAUAUUCUGAGAAAUACACAAAGCACGUAUACUUAUGGUUUUCUUUAUUUUUUUAUGUGUUGCAUGUUUGUUUUUUGGUUUUGUUUUUUUACAUUUAAUUGUUCAUUUUAUGUCUUUAUCAUUUCUUCUGAUGCUUGCAAAAAUGACAUGAGUACAACAUCCACUUUAAAUCACAAUGCAGUGCUUCCAGUUUGUAUAAAACAUCAACAGGAAAACCAUUUUUAUUAACACAAGCUUGACUCAAGCAAAACGUCAUCCGAGCUCUCAUAAAUGAAAACAUUUAACUAUACACUUUGUUAACUUUUAGACGGCGAGGUCAACAGAAGUUGGGAGAUUUAGCAUGAAGUCUAGGAUGUGAUUUUCCCCUCCUGUUUAAAAGAGACCACUCUUGGUUUUUGUUUGUUUUUCUCAUAAAUAUUGUUUAUGGCAGCUUAGUAUUAAACCAUUAUUCACUGAGUACCACA